UAUUUCACUAGUUAUUGACGUUGAAAGGUCACUGCUGUUUCUCAAUUUGACAAACCCUAUUAAUUUGUCAAAUGAUUCUAACAAGUUAAAUAAAAAAAAAUGUAGAUUUUUCGAUUAAAUGUCAAGUUUAAAUAAAAUUUACCAGCGAAUGGUAAGGGAUCACUUGCUUAUCGUUCAAUCGGUUCAGGCGUCAUGCUUGAUGACCAUAGGGGACAUCAUAGCCCAAAAAGUUAUAGAGAAAAAGUCUGAAAUAGAACUUAAACGUACAGCGAGAUUUACAGUGCUCGGAUUGUUUCUUGUGGGUCCCUCUGUUGCAACUUGGUUCAAAUUCCUAUCGAACACAGUCGGCGACAAAGAUAAAAAUGCCGCCAUUAAAAAAGUGGUUUUGGAUCAAUUAUUUUUCGCUCCUGGAUUUCUACCGAUAUUCCUCGUCGCCUUGAACACGAUAAAGGGCAACAGUUGGCAGAACACGAAGGACGACAUUAAGGACAAAUACCUGGACAUCAUGAAAGCGAAUUAUAAACUGUGGCCUGUGGCGCAGUUUGUUAAUUUUAAAUUUGUGCCGUUCCAGUACCAAGUUUUGAUGAAUCAAUCCGUGGCGAUAUUUUGGAAUACGUAUCUUUCUUGGAAGACGACCCAAUCGAUGAUAAAGACGAAGUGAUAUGUAGUAGGAUAAUUAAUUAAUUAAUAAAGAAUCAUUUUAUUGAAGAAUGUUUUAUUUAAAUCCGUUUAUAGCUUUAAGAUAAAAAGAGUUAGUUUUCUGAAGAAGAAAAAAAGGAGGCAACAAGUAAAUUCUUUAAUGGUAUCACAGCACUUCCAUUUUUUU